CAGCUUUCGCGCUCGUAAGGUGCGCCAGAGCUUCGUGUUUCGCGUCGACCAGACGGACCCGAAUAGAGUCGAAGAGAGUGGUGUGUUGUGGAUGAUAUCUGAGCGAUCGACGAGAAAGGACUGUUUCGAAUUUUGUUUCGUACAUUUUGAACGUUUCGGUAUUUUGAAAAAUAAAAAACGCGGGUCAAAAUGGACAACGACAGUUUCGUCCCAGAUAACAUUCCGGCAGAUCUCGACAAGAGUUGGCACAUUCCCAGACCCACACUAGCUCGUAGCUCUGAAAGUUCGCAGGGUUCGACGUCUAGCAAAAGUAGCACUCAGAGCGUCAGAUCCGGCUCGUUGCUACUGACCGCGACGAAUCUCGCGCAGAUUCAUCAAAAUCAGCAAGAAGCCGACAACUCCCUGAGCACCAGAGACCAAAACAUACAAUACUACCUCGAACAAUCUAACAGAGACAACGAUCUACUGGCCGCACUGCCCAAGAAGAACCCCGAGCCUGACAAUGCAUCGAUCGCCAGUUCGAUGCACUUCACCGUUGUCAACGUAAAUACCAGACAAAAGCAGCCGAAACGUAGCUGCUGUAGAAGGCAUCAACUGACGAUACUCGUUAUGACCAUGUCUGCCUUGUUCACCGUAGGCAUAUUGACCGCCAUAUUUCUCUUAGAAAUGCGAGCCAGAAAUCGGAAUCACUAACAGACUUCCCAAAUGAGAUGGUGUUAUUUCCCAGUAUGCGAGAACUUCCAUCCCGCGAGGACGGCUAUAGUUCUAAUUUAGAACAAUUAUUUAUAUUUUAUUUAUAAGUUUAAUACAAUUUUAUCCUGUUUAGCAUGUAAAGUCCCAAAGCAAAAACAUUAAAAUAAUGAAAUCAGUUCUUAAGUAAUUAUCAGCGGUAGCAAAAUUGGUUGUAAUUUUAUAUGCCCUUUAAAAAUUGCAAAUUUAAAAGUGUAUAAUCAAUAUCCACCGGCAACAGCCUACUUUAAUACUUAAUUUAUAUAAAAAUUACUGUGAUAUGUAAAGCAAGCAUUAAACAUAAUGUUGUGUUGUACAGUAUUUAUCAAGGUAUUUAUGCAUAAAAAAAUUGUCGCAUGCUCUGUACCGCGAUAUUGACGUGUCAUAUCCUUGUUUGUUUAAAA